AUGACAGUUGAGGUCAUUGAUGUUUUUUGACGACAAUUUGAUUUUAUUGGAUUGGUCGUAAAAUUAGUAAAUAAAUUUGUAUUUCUCCUUAAUUUGCUCGUCUCACGUCGUUUUGUAUUUAUUUUUAUUUGUUUGUUACCUUACAUCUUUGUUGCAUUCUCCUAUAUUGUAGCUAAAAGUAUUUUUAAUUUAAAAGAAUUCCAUUCCAUUCAGGAAAUGGACGUGCGUGUGGCCGAGCUGAGUCAUAAUUUUAAUCAACGCCCUAAUGAGUCUCUUUAAUGAAGUGUUGUUUAAAUAAAAAGUUCAUUAUUAAUUAACUGCUAAAUAAUAAAACCUACUUUAAAAUCCUGAGACAAUGGCGUUGAGCGCCGUCGCCGAGGAAUACUUUCGCAAUCUGAAUCCUAUCGCUACUAAAAUACAUGAAGAUAUCGUUGAAGCGAAAACUUCCUAUGAAAAUAUAUGGGAAACGUUAACCGAGAAGGAAAAGGUGGAAAUAAUAAAUGAAUCCAUAAUAAAGCCGGAGAUUGCCCUCAAAUAUGCUCUACUGGACACAUUAGAGUUUGAUUUGAAUGAUCCACCAGUCAGGAAAGAUGACCUCAUGUCAUUUUUUGGUAAAGAGCACGGACAACGACUGAUACAGGAUGAAAAUACAUCAUAUAGGGACGAACACUCAGCCCCUUUCAUCUAUCAAACCAAAAGUCAACUCGAUCUUUGCGUUUUGAGCGAACAUCGCUCAUCAAAGGACAUUAAACCUACAUCACCAUUGCCUGUUAUGUCCGAACUGGCAAUGUCUCAUUCCAAAGUGGUGUCGGAACUGAAAAACGCGUUAAAAUCACACGAUGUACUAAAGAAUUACAAAGAACAAGACAGUGGGAUUACAUCGCCAGGUUUUAUAAGUAAAUUCAUAGGAAACUUCAAGAGCAGAGAUGAGGAGAAAGAAUGUUUGGUGCCUUCGGAAGUGCAGACCCAGAUAGUGGCUUCAUCAGACAAUUUCUUUAGAACAAACUUCAAAAGUCCAUCGAGCAAUGUGAAGUUUGAUAAGGACUACAGGAGCAGCGUUAUUAAGUCUAACAGUGAUCUAUCAGAAGAGAAUCGCGGUCUCUUGUCAUCAAGCCAGGCAUCCUCUGGAACUGAAUUCCAAUCAACGGAAACAUUGACCGACAGCGCACUACCAAAAACAGGUUAUGACUUUUUAGACAACUGGUAAAUAUUGAAACAUUUGCACCCGACGUUGGUGCAAUCGGCGUAUUAAAAUCUCAGCUACGGUCGGAAACUUGUCAUAUUAUUUUGUUAAGUUACGUGUCACAUAUAUUAAGUUACAUAUUUAAUUUUCAAUUGUGAAAACGCAAAAAUCUCGAAUUUAUAUAAAGCAGGUUGUUUCGCAUGGUUCCCUAUGGGGUUCUCCGCUAAAUAAUAAGUUAUAUAGGUGAUAUUGUAAUAAGGAAUCUCUUUUUAUUGUCAAAAUAGAUUUUAAUGUUAUAUAAUGGAAUUGAAACCACGCCUGGGCUAUAAGUAUACACUGGUGGGGCAACAGUGAGACAAGAUUAAACCACGAUGGUUUCCAAAGGGGGACCGCUUGGAGUCGAUCUGAUAGGGUAUUGAUUUACUACUAACAGUAUGUUGCUAGUUGGGAUUGUUAGUCCCCAUUGCUAACAAUUCCUUUUCUCUCUUCAAUGUUGUGGUAUAUCUAUUCCUAAAAAAUUGAUAGUACAGUUCUUAAUGAGUACAGAUUGUGAAAUAGUUCGUGGGUCAUUAUAAAAGAUAAUAACAAAUUGCAGAUAGGUGUACUAGCCACAGAUUAGCUAACAGAUGUUUUUAUAAAUCAAGGCAAGGCACUGUUGCAUCGUUACGGUGUAACAGAAAAGCUAAAUGUACCAUAUAUAUAACUUUAAUUUCCAAUAUCGUUGUCAAAAAUUAAGUUUUCAUAUUUUAGUUUACAUACAAUGGGGUCGACUCUGAGGCGCUAAUCUUUCGACGUAUUUCUAAAAUUUAAAUUACAAUUUGAUAUGUCAGCGAAGUCUUUAAAGCUCAAUAUACAUUAAAUGUUCAAUACAUUUAGUAAAAAAUAUUAUAAACUUAGUUUAUAAUGGAUUAUAAAGUGCUUUCAAGAAACUGUCAAAUUGAAAUUUUUUUUUGAUGGUUGAAAAUAGUAUGGUAAUCUCGCUUGCGCUAACGGCAUACACCGGCGGAGCACCAGUGAGGGGUGAUAGAUGAGAAUGAAAACAGGCCAGUUAGUCCAUCAUGAUGAAUUCAUCAGGAAUUAACCAUGAUAGUUUCCAGGGGGAAUCGCGAGGAGGUCGACCUGGUUGGUAAAUUGAAGUAUUAAUUUUAGAGAUGUAAUUAGAAAAUGGCGCUUCAAAAUCUACCACAUUUUGAUCAGUAUCUGCUUUACGGGGAAAGUAGGAUCGGGUAUUAGGAUCCAUGCAUUAAUAUCAUUUGCGCAGUGCUGCUAGACGGGAGUACAUCAACCAGCAGUCGGUAAACAUGGCGCCCCCGGGGGUGACAAAAGGCUAAAGCCGGCCCUGGUUUUAGUUUUCCUAUCACCUGUAUCGUGGCGACACUACCAUGUCAUGCUACGCUAUUACAAAAACGCUUAAUUACGCCGUGAAAGUGGCAGAAUAGUUUGUAUGAAAAUUGCGUGUGAUUUUCAAUGUUCAAUGAACUCACGGUAGGUUGAAACUGCGCUAGUAGACGAUUCCUAUGUAAUGAUAUAAGCGAGUCGGCACUCGGCGCGCGUUCACGAGAAACUAAUUCUAUUGAAUGUAAACUGUGUAUUAAUUUUAUUGGUUAAAAUCUUAUAUUAAAAUAGAAACUAUUGUAGUAUUUUAAUGUAAUAACUACCGAUUUAAUUUACGUGUAAUUAGAUCGAAAAGACUCGACUAGUUUCGGAACCAAUCCGCGAUCCUUAGUCAUGAUAAUUUUUAUAGGGUACAGAGGAAUAACACCUAAGUCCUCAGGAAUGGCAACGCAUGGGGGGUAUCAUGAACGAAACAGUAUGUGUGUGUACUGUUAUGUCCGUGGUACUGCUCAUGUCUAUAGGCGACGGUUACCACUUUCCAUUAUGUGGGCCGUCAGCUUGAUUGCCAUUCUAAGUCGUAUAAAAAAAAAUGAGCGAUUUACCGUGUCAGACUCGUGCUCGCGUCACAGUCGCGCAUGACUAAGGAUCACGGAUUGAUUUCGAAACCAGUCGAGCUUUGUCAAUCAACACCUUUUCUUUUGACAAUGCAACACCUUUUCUACAAUGUUUCUAGCAAAUAAAUUUCAUUUCAUUUAAAAAAAAAUCUAAUUAUACUUAAAUUAAACAGGUAAUUAUUGUAUUAUUGUUGUUUUGCCUUGUGUUAAUUUUUUAACGAUAUCUAUACACAUUCACAGCGGGAAUUUUGUGAACUUACUGUGUUUGUCGUUCCCGACAAUUGUCUGGACUUCAUUCGCAAAAUCUUCAGAGAGGCGUAUAGCGUUGUAUCAGUGUCUCGCCUCGCAUUCUUGUAUAAGAGAGUCAUAAGUUCAUAAAAUUCCCGUUAUGCAUGUGUAUAUAUUAUUGCAGUAUUUGUCUUGUAUUCACUCUUGCGCCAACCCGCCCACUUCUAUCUGUUCUCCUUUAACCAAAAGUUGUCUGUAAGAGAUUGCCCUAGCGAUAAGACCGCCUUUUGUACCUUUAUGUGUAUAUUUCAAUCUGUAUUCAUGUUACUGUAUUUCACUUGAAUUAAUCACUUGUCAUUGUAUAUUUUUAUUUAUGGUGCAAUAAAGAAUUAAAUAAAUAAAUAAAUAUAAUCCGCACCAAUUUAAGGCAAAUGUGAAUAGGUUAUUCCGUUGCCCGCGAGCGCCAUCUUAGGCCAGAUCAUUGCUUUUUAACAGGUGAGAGACGUAAUCAAUCGCUGGAGUCUUCAAUAAUAAUAAAAAAAAAAUGUAUACUAAUUGUGUGAUUGUUUAUGGUUGGUUGCUUUUGUUCUGUGUAUUUAUUAAAUGGUGUAACAUCCAAUUAUCGAUCGAUUAAGUUAAUGAAACUUUAGUAUUAGUUUUUUUUGCCAAAAAUCAAAUAUAUUUGUCGGUUCCUUUUGUGAUAAUAGUAAAUCUCAUGUUGGAAGACUGCUUUUGUAUUUUCUUAUACUUAUAAAAAUCAAUUUGUAAGCUAAUUAGAAAUGAUUUGCUACCAUAAUUAUCGUAGAGUUCGAAGUAAUAAAGACUUUGUAUCUCAUAAUUGGUUUUGAUUGAAAACCCAAGUGUUUCUCAAUAAAUACACUGUAAGUACAUUAUUUUAUUGAUAAAGAAUCGUAGUUCAAGUUUUAAGAACAUUUUUGGAAAUAUGAAGAUAACAUUUUUAAUUAAAAAAAAUGACGUUUAGCAUUACGAAAAUGCUUAUAAUUCCGAAUAAUGAUUUUAUAAUUAUAUUAAAUCCAAAGUUUACGAAUUGUCAACGCUCCUUUAAUGGCAUUAUAGUAAACGACUUAGAUAGUAGAAGUAACGGAUUUGUACUCUAUCUGAGGUAUCUUUUAUAUGUACUUGCGAUUUUUUUUUUGUUUUUAUACAACGAACAGAAAUUUGCAUGCAUUUAUGUAUUUCAAUGUAAAUUGUAAGAUGUAUUAGUUAACCAAAUAUAGUUUUAUUGUAUAUA